UUUCACUAUAAGGGCCUGACACACUGUUGUAGAGAGAGGAGAAGCAGAGGAGCAGCUGAGCCUGAACUAUCAAAAAGUGUUGUGUGUCAAGAUCCCAUGAUCACCACUUCUUGGUUUUAUUAGGAAUUUCUUUGGAAAUGGAUGGACUGAUUGGGAUGGAGAGACAAAAGUUUCCUUUUACUAUUGAGAACAUACUGACCAAAUAUCCAAACAGCAAUGGAGACAGACGGUCAUGUGGAACAAGUGGUGCCGGACUUAAAGAAAAGGGAUUGAGUCCUGUUGGAGGCCAGACAGAGACCGUACACCGUGCCUGUCUGUGCUGCUGCUACUGCUCCCACUGUGGAGAUAUAUUCCAGACUGAUUUCAUUCCCGAAGCCUGUCAGUACGGAUGGUCCCCAGCGAUGCUCACAGACCCGUGCAGGCUAGGGGAUGCACACAGAGAGGAGCAGGCGCCCGGUCAGGUGCAGAGGCGAACCAGACGUCACCGCACUAUUUUCACAGAAGAGCAGCUGGAUGCACUGGAGGAGCUGUUCCUGCAGAACCAGUAUCCAGAUGUGAACACGAGGGAGAAACUAGCACAGCGCACUCACUUAAGAGAAGAAAGAGUGGAGGUUUGGUUUAAAAACCGAAGAGCAAAGUGGAGGCGUCAAAAAAGACUAUCGUUUGGUGUGGGAAACACAGAAAACUAAACAAGACAAUCUGAAGAAACUGUGUGUGUGAAUGCCUGACGUUGAAAAGCUGACACUAUACCAUGUGUGGAAUAUCUUAAAGUUUGUUCAAUCAAAAGCUGACACUAAACUGAAUUGCUGCUGGCUUUAAUUUCACACAUUAGUACACUGUUCAUUCAGGAACCUUUUUUAAAUACAGAAAUUGACAUCCACUUUUCUUAAAACAUACUCAAACCUUCUUUUCUUUUGCAUAGCAAAUUCUAAGUCAUUCUAAUACAGGUGUCUAUGAAAUGACAAUCUGGCUGAGAUACUCCUACCUAGUACAACCAAUGCAGUGAGUUUCCACAUCAGUGCCCCAGAAAUAAAUGCCUGUAAUGGGCCUGAGCCUCUCCCACUGCUGCAGGGUGUUCCUGCUGUCCCUGAUCGAGGUUUGUAGUCUGGCUACGUUUUAACAAUGUCACUUUGUUUGUGUAAACAUUGCAUUAAGUCUGUAAUGUAUUCCAGACCAACGUCCUGUGUGUCCUUUAGGAACACUUGCUGAAAUAACCGGCGUGAAUGUUUGUUUGGUCUUGUUUUCCCAUAGGCCUACCACAUACCACAGGUUAUGUUACAUACAGCCAAUGUGUCCUUUUGUUGUCAGUACUGGUUGAUUUGAUUUAAUACACAUGUGAAUGACAGUGACCAACAUUAGAUCAGAUUAAAGAUUAACAUUGUGCUGUUGAAUGCAGGCUCCGGCGCAAUAAUAUCCCUUUCAGAAGCUUUGUAAUUCAGCCUUGAACUGCAGUGUGUUUUUGGAGACUUCGUAAAAUAAAUCGAUAAUGAUAAACCCAACACUAAGUCUUCAUUAUUUAUAAAUUUUUCUACGUUGAAAAACAUCUUUUUAAAAUGGCUGUCCACUGCCUUUCUGUGUGAGGGGUUGGGGGGGGUGUUGUUGUUUUUUUAAAUUGAAACACUAUAAACAUACAGACAUUCAGCUGAUGGACAUUCUUGUACAA